AUUGGUCACCUACUCCCUCUUUCAAGUCCACUACCAAGCAUCCAUACUCAAGGCGUCGCUCUCUGUCAACACUUUCUUGAACAACACAUAUACUCACAGAGAAAUACUGCCAAGAUGUCGUCUAAAGUCCAACGCAUUAUGGUUCAGCCCAUCAACCUGAUCUUCAGGUAUCUGCAGCAGAGAUCAACUGUGCAGAUUUGGUUGUAUGAGCAGUUGGAUACUCGCAUCGAAGGACAGAUUAUUGGAUUCGACGAAUUCAUGAACUUGGUCUUGGAUAACGCUGUCGAGGUCAACAUCAAGAAGAGCACGAGAAAGGAAGUCGGCCGCAUCUUGCUCAAGGGAGAUAAUAUCACACUAAUCCAGUCUGUAUCGGCACCGGCGUCGUAAACUAAAUACAUGCAGAUCGUCAAAUGGAUCAUGGAAAAUGAUAAGGAUAUCCACGAAGGGGAAGACACUGCUGGAAGUGAGGCUGCCUUUUUUUAUAUACGCAGCAAAGUUGCAUUAUCAGGCAGAAUACAAUAAAACAAGACGACCAUCGCGAUUCUCAGUGCUUUUGAUGCUCUUAUUUUUAUU